GGGCUGGUGCUGGGCGUCCCCGCGGAGGCCUACCGCUACGGCCUCAAGUUCCUCUGGAUGUGCCUGGGCCAGCUGCUCAACUCCCUCCUGACCGCUGCCUUCUACCUGCCCGUCUUCUACCGCCUGGGCCUCACCAGCACGUACCAGUACCUGGAGCUCCGUUUCAGCCGGGCGGUGCGGCUCUGUGGGACCCUGCAGUACCUGCUGGCCACAGUGCUAUACACUGGAAUCGUGAUCUACGCCCCUGCACUCAUCCUGAACCAAGUGACCGGGCUGGACAUCUGGGGGUCACUCCUGUCCACUGGAGUCAUCUGCACCUUGUACACCACUGUGGGCGGCAUGAAGGCUGUGAUCUGGACCGAUGUGUUCCAGGUUGUGGUGAUGCUGGCUGGCUUCUGGGUUGUCCUGGUUCGCGGGAUCAUGCUUGUGGGCGGGCCCAGGCAGGUGUUCAAGCUUGCCCAGAACCACUCCCGGAUCAACCUGAUGGACUUUGACCCAGACCCGCGGAGUCGGUACACAUUCUGGACUCUUACGGUGGGCGGCACGUUGGUGUGGCUCUCAAUGUAUGGCGUGAACCAAGCACAGGUGCAGCGCUAUGUGGGUUGCCGCACAGAGAAGCAGGCCAAACUGGCCCUGCUCAUCAACCAGCUGGGCCUGUUCCUGAUUGUGUCCAGUGCUGUUGCUUGUGGCAUCGUCAUGUUCACACUCUAUAUGGAUUGCGACCCCCUCCUCACAGGGCGUAUUUCUGCCCCCGACCAGUACAUGCCCCUGCUCGUGCUGGACAUCUUCAAGGACCUGCCUGGAGUCCCUGGCCUCUUCCUGGCCUGUGCCUACAGUGGCACCCUCAGCACCGCAUCCACCAGCAUCAAUGCCAUGGCUGCGGUCACUGUGGAGGACCUCAUCAAAUCGCGGCUGCCCGGCCUGGCACCCCGCAGGCUCGUCAUCAUCUCCAAGGCGCUCUCACUCAUUUAUGGCUCGGCCUGCAUCUCCGUGGCGGCUCUGUCUUCACUGCUGGGGGGCGGGGUCCUCCAGGUGAGCCCUCGCCGCGAGAGGUCGGGCACCUUCUGCCUUGCACUGAGGUUAGAGGGGCUCACACCCUCUCUGGGUCCCGUCUGCCACCCGCGGAGGGAUACUGCCUGCAGCCGCCGGGGAGGAGGUGGGGGGAGGGGGAGGCGGUGGCCUGGGGGCAGGAAGGGACCGGACGUGGGAUGGGAUCGAUCGCACCGCAUGCAUCCGUUAGGGGAGAGAAUGGGCCUCUUUGCCUCCAACCCCGGGGAGACAGAAACGGGGCUUCCCCUCCCCUGGGGAGAAGGGAAUGGAUUGAGAGUGGCUUCUAGACUCAGGCUCGUCUCUCCCACCCCCAGAAUGGACCCUGGUCCACCCACCUUGGCUGACAGCUUCUACGCCAUCUCCUAUCUGUACUAUGGUGCCCUGGGAACACUGAGCACCGUGCUAUGUGGAGCCCUCAUCAGCUACCUGACGGGCCCAACCAAGCGCAGUGCCCUGGGUCCUGGUUUGCUGUGGUGGGACCUCACGUCGCAGACAGCAUCAGUGGCUCCCAAGGAAGAAGUGGCCACCCAGGGUGACAGCUUGGUGAAGGGGGCCGAGGAACUGCCUCCCAGUGCCAAGAGGCCUCCUGGCUUCCGGCUCACAAACGAGGACCAGCUGCUCUUCCUGGGGCAGAAGGAGGUGAAUGGAGCUAGCUCUGGCUCCUGGAACCCUGGCAGAGGACGUGAGGGUGGCCGUGACCUGCGGGAGACAGACCUCUGAACCAGCCCAGGACUGGCCACCUGGAAUGGAAACUCAUGGGGCAGCCCCACCUCCAGUCAGCAGUUAGUCAGUCUUAGAUGCUGCACCCCUGCCAGCACCCCCAAAAUGAGGCCGUAUUUUUCCAUACCUACAAUAAAAAGAUGUUGGAAUCCCCUCUGGAGAACAUGGGAAACUUCCAGGUCCCACCUUAGGGUCGAAGAAAGACCCCAGCUCUUUCUGCGAGGUGCCUGAACCUUAGCAAGGAUUGUGGAGGUCCUCAGGCCCAGACCCCCGGUACCUCAUUUCGCAGGCAGGGGAGAGAGACCUGGAGAGGGGCAGGGAGGUGGCCAAGGCCACAGAACAAACCAGAGACACAUUGAGAGGUGGACACCAGCCUUUCCUCCUUCGCCUCUUCCUGUUUUCCUCCCUUUGAAGGGUCAGAUGGUACAUGGCCUCUGACCUUGGGAGCAGGGUGGGAGGAGGAAGGAGAAAUAACGUUCCAGCUUUCCUCCUGCGUCUGGGCACUUUCCCCAUCUCAUUCAUUGAGAACCGCGAACCCACUUUGCAGAGGAAGAAACGGAAGCUCGGGGAGUUUGCCUGAGACCCCCCAGCAAGGCCAGGCAGGCAGGGACAGGCCUGGGUGCUGCAUGAUGCUCCAUUGAGGACACGGGUGUCCAGGGUCUGAUCGGCCAGGCGAGUGCACACCCCUGGCUCUUGGCUGGAGACGACAUCCACACACAUCAAAUAAACGGACCCAGGCUUGA